GGCCGCAUGGAGCGCAGCGCGGCCCGCGGCUCCCGGGCGGCGGCGGCGGCGGAGGCGGCAGCGCGCCGCUCGCUCACACCCACCCCCGCCCGCGGCCGCCGCGCCGCCCCGCCGUAGCCGCCGGCCGCCGGCGUCCCCGCCGGCCGGUCCAGCGAAGGCGGCGCCCGCGCCUCUGCAGCCAGUGGCAGCCGCGGGUCCUGGCCGGCGGCUCCUGCAGCCCCUUGCGGCCGCGAGUCCCCGGCUCUGCGGCCACAGCGGCCACCGGCGGAGGCAGAGGAGGAAGAGGAGGUGACAAACUCUCCGGCCCCGCGCCGCGGCCCGCAACCCCGCGCUCAGGCAUGCAGGCGCGGCGUCUAGCCAAGCGCUCCAGCCUGGGCAGCCGCCGGGGGGGCGCCGCGCUGCAGCCUGCCGGGCCGGCGCCCGCGCCCGCCAAGGAAGCCGCCCUACCCGGGCUCCCGCCCCCUGUCCCGGGCCCGGCCCCGGCGCCCGCCCCGGAGAGCUGGAGGCCGCCGCUGCCGCCGCCGCCGCCGCGCAGCGCCGGGACCGGCCCCCCUCGGGCCACCGGGGCCGCCGCCGCCGCCUCGUCGCCGGUGCUGCUGCUUCUAGGGGAGGAAGACGAGGACGAGGAGGGCGGGAGCAGGCGGCGGAGGGGGCUCGGGCGUGUGGAGGAGAAGCCCCGAGGGGGCGCGGAGGAGGAGGAUGACGACGAGGAAGAGGAGGACGAGGAGGUGGUCGUCGAGGUGGUGGACGGCGACGAAGACGACGAGGACGGCGAGGAGCGUUUCGUGCCCCUCGGACCCGGCCGCGCAGUCCCCAGGGGCCCGGCCCGGGGCGCGUUGAAGGUGGGGAGCAAUAAGCGGGAAAUGACCUUCAUAUUUCAGUCAGAGGACUUAAAACGUGACUGUGGUAAAAAAAUGUCUCAUCAACACGUGUUUUCCUUGGCCAUGGAGGAAGAUGUGAAAACAGCAGACACCAAAAAAGCCAGCCGGAUCCUUGACCAUGAAAAAGAAAACACUCGCUCCAUCUGUCUCCUUGAGCAAAAAAGAAAAGUUGUUUCCUCCAACAUUGAUGUUCCUCCAGCAAGAAAAUCUUCAGAGGAACUAGACAUGGACAAGGUGACAGCAGCAAUGGUACUAACCAGCUUGUCGACUAGCCCUUUGGUUCGAAGUCCUCCCGUGCGGCCGAACGAGAGCCUCAGCGGAUCCUGGAAGGAGGGCGGCUGCGUGCCUUCCAGCACCAGCAGCAGUGGCUACUGGAGCUGGAGCGCCCCCAGCGACCAGUCCAACCCGUCCACGCCGUCGCCGCCGCUCUCGGCUGACAGCUUCAAGCCCUUCCGCAGCCCCGCGCAGCCAGACGACGGCAUCGACGAGGCGGAGGCCAGCAACCUGCUCUUCGACGAGCCCAUUCCCAGGAAAAGAAAGAAUUCCAUGAAGGUGAUGUUCAAAUGCCUCUGGAAAAACUGUGGGAAGGUGCUGAGCACUGCAGCAGGUAUCCAGAAACACAUCCGGACCAUCCAUCUGGGGCGCGUUGGAGACUCUGACUACAGUGAUGGAGAAGAGGACUUUUACUACACUGAGAUCAAGCUCAACACAGACUCAGUGGCAGACGGGCUGAGCAGCCUGGCCCCGGUCUCACCUUCCCAGUCCCUGGCUUCACCUCCUACUUUCCCCAUCCCAGAUUCAAGCCGAACAGAAACUCCUUGUGCCAAAACGGAGACUAAGUUGAUGACGCCCUUGAGCCGCUCAGCUCCCACCACCCUCUACCUCGUGCACACUGACCAUGCUUACCAGGCCACACCCCCUGUGACCAUUCCAGGAUCGGCCAAGUUCACCCCCAAUGGCAGCAGCUUCAGCAUUUCCUGGCAAUCUCCUCCGGUCACUUUCACAGGCAUCCCAGUGUCACCCACACAUCAUCCGGUGGGCACAGGAGAGCAGAGACAGCAUGCGCACACGGUCCUGUCCUCCCCACCCAGAGGCACAGUCAGCUUAAGGAAGCCAAGGGGAGAGGGCAAAAAGUGUCGGAAGGUGUACGGGAUGGAGAACCGAGACAUGUGGUGUACCGCCUGCCGCUGGAAGAAGGCCUGCCAGAGGUUCCUCGACUGAGAGACCCCCAGGCAGAGGGGCUCAGGGCCCUGAGCCGCUCCUGCCCUGGCCUGCCACUGCAGGUGUUGGAAAGAGCUUUUCCUACUGAAUAAAACACAGUUGAAGCCAGGAAAAGCCCUUUCAGGAACCUUGGAGGAAUAACAGCAAAAACACAGAAAAAUUGUUUAAGUCACCACCUAUGACAAAAGAAAGUUGCUCUUACUGAGAACCCAGCCUGGAGCAGCUAUAACUAGUUUUUUUUCCUUCAAAAGAAAAGUCAACUUUUUUUGCUGUAUGUCUAGACUUAAAACUGUGGACUUCUGUAGCAAUUGAACCAACAAAGCCCAUUUUACCUAGAAAGGAGGCAUAUUUUGAUAAGCUUUCUGAAUUAUGCCAUUUCCAAGAUUUUUUUGACACUUAAAAAACAAGCUACAGGUUAUUCAGUAGCGUUUGUACAAAGAUCAAUACUUACUUUUGUUGUGAAUAAUCUUUUCCCUAUUUUCCAUUUGACUUCUUGGAGCAGUAUAUGUCAGGAUGUGUUGCAAGACAGCGCAGCACUCUGGGCAUCUUUUCUAUGGCUUUUUGUUUGUUUUUCUUUUAAGAAUGGCCCCACACUGAACCAUGGUAGAGCUAUUAGUUUGUAGGGGCCCAGAUGGCAUAAACUCGAGAAGGGAUUGUCCACGGAAAUCACCAGCAGACUUCAGCCCGAAGCUGAGUUCAGGAAGUCCAGCUGUCACUGUUGGGAAACAUCUAGGAGUCUUCCUUGGAUCCAUAAGAAGCUCUUCCCCUAAAGGCAGCACAGCUAACUCUACUCUCUACCUGCCACAACUCAGUCAAGAACUGGCACCUGUAGCCAUCUGGACUCCACCACUGACUGAUUUCAGAAGAGGUAGAGAACUCCAAACUGUCCCAGCAGGUUUGCUUUAGACAACAGAGCACAGCCCACAUGGCCCUACCUGUUCAGAAAGUCAUGUUAGAUCAACAAACCACUUCCAUUCUGAGUGCACUUUUAUAGGUUUUAUGCUUUAGCAUGUCCGGGAGAUGAGUUAAUUAACAAUAUAAACAUUAUGUGAGUAAAUGGAAGGUCCAAACUUUAAGUUUUUCUUAUAAAAAUAUUGGAGCUAUUCAUUUAAGAAUUUGCUCAAAAGGGAACAUAACACCAAAAGGAAAAUGCAUGUAGGUAUAGGAAUUUCUCAGUUUAGUAGGGCCAGGGCUUGCACUAUGUUCCAUUUAUUGGGCUUUGUAACUUACUUGCUUGUUUGUUUGGGGGAUAGUGGUGUGGGGAGAGGGGAGUCGUCAAGCCCUAUAAAUAAGCUCAUUCUCUAUCUACCCAACUCUCAAUUGCCCUGCUAAAGAGUUAUUUCUCCUAUACCUAUGCAAAGUAGGAAGAGCACCUUAUAGGAGGCACUGUAUAGGGACAGGGGACAUGGGAUCAGCCAUAGGAAUGUUAAAUGAAAUUGCACAGAGGAAAGUUUAAUAUAUGUCUAGAGAUUAUACAUACACUUUUUUAAGCGUAAAAAGAAGACAUCUAGUAAUGACAGAUAUUCUUUUUAUAUACAAGCAAAAGAAAGUAUAAGGAGGUUCUACAGCGCAACAUCCACAAUCUGUGCAUUCACGUAUUAUGGGACUUUUAUUUUUUAAACUCUCAUAUAAAUUUUUUAAAAUUACUCCUUGGAAGAGAUCCUGGUUUUUUUCUUCAUUUAUUUUUUUCUUUAAAAACAUUUAUUUUAAGAGAAGAGAAAAAGAGCUUCAUCUAAUUUUGCAUCUUGAUUACCAAUCAGUACUAGUCACAGCACCAGCAAUACUGUAUGUUUUAGACUUACAAGGUCAGCCAGGAAAUGGCAUUUUUUUAAACGCAGAAAUGUGUUUGUUUCCUCUACUCUAACACGUCCUUUCUCCUCCUGGUGUCCUGUCACCCCCAUGCAGCACCACUGAUGCGAGAUGAUGCUCUGGCCUGGUCCAGGAAGCCCUGAGCCAUGGGCAGAUUGCCCAGUGGCCUUGGGCGGCCAGAGCUUGUCACCUGUUUAAACAAGUUCACCAUGUGUUUAAAUGACAGGGUACAGUCCUGGACCAGAGGUUUUUCUCUUCAGCAAAGCUCCCUGGCCCUUGAUCGUUGGACUGUUACUAAUAGAAAAAGAUUCAAGUCAUGAAGUAUAAAAUCCAUCCCCCAUCCCAGAACUUUGAAACACAAGGAGGGAGAGAUCUUUGCUAUGGAGCAGUCCUGGAGCAAAACCCCGUGGCUUCCACCCCCAGAUAUAUACCCCAUAAGUAGUGCUGAGCUCCAGCUUAGCUGAGCCAAGCUCAGUCCUUAUCUGGUGUUCAGCCAGUGCACAGGUAUAAGCAGAACUACAGAGCUGAAUGUAGCUUCCCUGGGAUCUCUUCUCCUUUCUAAAGCAUUUUUCACACAGUUCUGUACCUCCUACCCAAGUUGGGGCUGCUUUCUGCCUGCUAGCCCACGGCUCUGUGUACUUUCUUUUCUGGCUUCAGGUGCAGACAGACCCUCAGUACCUUCCUGGACACAGACACAUAUUCCCUGGACCAAGGCGUGGAAUAACUAGUAGACCACCAAGCCACAGGUGGCUGGUCUUGAAGAAAAGGGAUUAUACUCCUUACAGGCCACCCAGAAAGCUAUGAAUUCCAAUAUACACCACUGAUCGUGCAAGUUAGGGGUUUUUUUUUUUUUAAACGUAGCAUUAUUUUGUUAUAUUUUGGAACUAAAUGAAGUGCCAAAUUAACCAGACAUUCGUUUGAUGCCAUCUCUGUGGAACCAAGUUCUCUGUGUGUGUUCGUUUGGCUGGGAGGAGGGGGAGGACUGGGCAGACUGCUCCCACAGCAGUCUGGCAGUGGAACUGGAGCCCUGGCCACCGCAGGGAGCUCAGAGGCCUAUCUGCGCAAAAGGCAUGCAAAACAAUGGAUUCUGGUCCCAAAAUAUUUCUAAGUAAGGCAUGAUGUAGCCUUUUGAUUUUUUUUAAUCCUUUGACACCCCAGCCUUCAGAAAAGGUUUUUCAUCUCUCUCCAAAGAAGUCAUUUCAUAGUGACUGACAGGACAUUCUCCAGAAAGCGACAAAGCAGAGUGGCCAGCAGGCAGUGGUGUUAAGCCUUGGGCCUUCGCAGCAGAUGUAUGCUGCAUUGGUGGGUGGGAGGCAGUGUGACAGCCUGGAGAAAACACACAGGUAGCAAGGGAGUCAGGGGGGAGGUACAAGAGGGCUGUGGACACCUGGCUCUUGCUCAUCUUCUUGGUGCUGAUCAGCUGGUGGUCACCAUCCCUAAGUACCUCCCAGGGAGCUGCCAUUUUCUCCUCUGGGAGCAGUUGCCUAAAGCAAGGAGAGAAUGACCUGAAGGGAAGUACCUCCGGCCAAGAGUGCAGGGCUGCUGUGCCUAGCCUGAGCGGGCCAUCUCUAGCAGAUAAGGACUUCUCUCCACCACACUAGCUGAAAAGUUUUCUCCCUUGGUUGGCAAAAGCCAGUGUCAGGAAAAAAGCUGUAGGUUUCUGACCAAGAAUGUGUGCGCUUAGCUGCAAAGUGCCUGUCAGCAGCUCCAGGCACCAACAAGGUGCCCUUUUAUUAGACAAUUCCUGCCCGAACAUAACCAUAUUGCAGAUGAAAAUUUUCAAUAGAGAAUGACACAAUUCUUGACCUUUCUAAAAACUUUUCAAAGAGAUAGUCACAUGUGUAUAUGUUGCGAAAGAUUUUUGAAACUGAAAUGUCCUCCAUUAAAUCUCAAGAGCACUCAAGUUUUAAGUCUGCUGUUUCUGGUGUCACACUAAGACACACUUUUGAAAGCAGCCCUGGGUUCUGAAUUAGUUGGCACUGCUGAAUCCAUGUUCCCCUUUCAUCAGACUCUAAAGUGCAGCAUUCACUUGCAAAGGUUCAGAGAAAAGUGGCCAGAAUUGUACAUAUAACAGAGAAUACCUUGAGAAUAGUAGCAAAAUACUGUAAAUAAUAUUCAUUUCCUCAGGGAAAAAUAAAGGGCAUGCAAAAAUAGGUCUGGAGACUCCUGAAACUAGGAAGAAUUUUGUUAUCACUAAAGUCUUUUAUAGUCAGAACAAUUUUUUUUUUCAAAUGAACAUGGUAUCAUUUCAAGACAAAUUUAUGUGAACUGGGCAGUACUGACAUUUGUGAGGCAUAGGGGAGUGCCCUGGGAAAACGGUUUGGAGCUGACCUGUAGCCUAAGGCUAACGUUUGAACCACAGGUGCAAUGCCUGGGGGUGGGGGAGGGGGACGGGGUGGGGGUGGUAUUCCUAGACUCAUGUAAGGCUUUUUCUGAAUGUAAUUGUGAAUACAAAGCCUUGCUGGUCCUUUUUAUCAUUACCCAAUGGAUGACUGUUUAUUAGCUAUCAGCAGAAUUCCGUAGGUGAAAGCAAGCCGUGAACGAUGUACAUUUUGCUUUAAUAGCAUGUUAGCGAACAAACUUCCAUGGACUCUUGUGGACAAGGUGCUGCUUUUUCUCAUGACCCUGUAGAAUUGCUAUCGACCACAUCUUCUGUAGCACUGACCUGUGUGAACUCAGGGAAGAAUUUGUGCAUACAAAUGAGUGGAAACAGAGCAGGAUUCAUGAAUAUGAAUGAGAAUGUGAAUCAUUUUGGAGAAUGCCCUGGGCACACGGGUCAACUGGAAAUUUCAUUUCUCUAAGAAAGUAGCCCUACCAGCGGCACGGACUGUCCCUGUUCCUCAUACCUGUGGGGAUUCCUCCAUAUUGGAACUGUUUCAUGUAUCUUUUUUGCAUUGUAACUAGCCAAACCUGAAGUCAGUAAAUAAAAUGAGAUUAGCACUUUUUUUAGGUACCAGUUGUAUCACUGAGUAAUGCACACCAAUAGAGCAAGAAAGUAUAAAAUGUAUUUAAGACCAACUGGUUUGCUUAUUAUGACUGACUUUGAAAAAGCCCAUAUCCAAUGAUAUACAUGCUUUAAAAGGUAUAUCUAUCGUAGGACCAGGAACCAAAAUGGGAAUUUUACUUCUGGUCCUGUUUUGUAAAUAGUUCCUUUUUUUGAAGACAAUCUCAUGUUUUAUAACUUUUGUUGUGGGUCUGAGAAUCACAAUGGUAAUAUGUUUUGGCAAAACGUAACCUUUAAAUACAAAAACAAUUAUAACUUAAUUUUCCAAAUAAAACAAGAAAUAUACUGAUUAGGCUUCUACAGUUCUAAGAGACAUGACACUUUGGUAAUAAGCGUCAGUACUCUACUUCUCAAGUUAACUGGAAAUAUUUUACAAGAUGCAGUGUUUUGUAAUCACAAAGAACGCAGACAUUUUGUGAGAAAUGACCUUGGUUUUAUACAUUGUAGCUUAUUUUUUAAAAUAUAGUAUUUUACCAGACAGGAAGUAUUAAUAUUAUAAGUAAUUCCUGCUCACCAAACAAAGGGCUAUGUCUCUUUUAAGCAAAUGUUUUGAUGCAUAUCUUUUUAAUUAACCCUCUGCAGCAAGGGUAGAAAUACAGAUCAGAUGGAAUGGGUAUUAUAGGAGAAUCAAGAUAGCAACAGCUACUCCUUUUAUCAUUACUAGUGUGUUUUCAAAGUAUGGAAAAAGACGCCUGAAGAGUCAUUUUAUAUAUUUUAAAUCUAAAAUGUGUUAACAGGUAUGCUUAUAGGCCAUGGGAGAAAUAUUCUUAUAAAUUUUUUAGUGUAAAAUGAUAAAUUCUAUGUCACAAAGACAAGUUUACCACUUGACCUACCAGAAUCACAGAUACUUGCAUUUAACUAGCAAGUAUCAUUUGGUGGAAAUUUCUAAAAUCAUAGUAGAUAGACCCAAAGAUAGAAUUCUUAGGUGAUCAGUAGUGUUUAAAAUAAUUUUGUCCUCAGCACUAACUAUAUAACUGUAAUUUCUACAUAAGAACAAGUGCUUCCAAAAUAUAGUGGAGGGAAAAAAUAAAAAAGGAAAAGAAACAAAACAAAAAGAACAAGUGCUUGAUUUUUCACUGUGAAGAACUAGCAGGCACAUGAGGUUGUGAUCAGAAAGCGACUGAGUUCCCAAGACCAGGAAACAGAGGGGAGUUGUGAAGAGUUUAUUAAAACUGUACAAAUAAUUCAGAGCUUUGCCAAAACCAUUUCAUAAUGCCGUACAGUUUUUUCAAGCCCACUCACUGUUAAAACAAGAAAGCAUCUUUUCUUUCUAAGAUUUUAGUAAUCCAAAAGCUAGCCUAAUUAGCCAAGUAUGCAGAUAACAUCAAAAGCAAAGCUGAGAUAGAACAGCCAUACACCCGUUGGGCAGCUCUUAUGAGGUGGUCAGAAGGUCACUCAGACCUUGGUUUCAAAUAGGCUUUAGAAUCUGCACACUUGAGGACUAGAAAUGCACAGAGUUAGGGAAAGCCAUGUACAGGCUUGGCUCCUGGUCUCUGAGAUGAGGCAUCCUGCAAAUCUCUGUUUUCACUCCUUGGAAUGUCUCCAUUGUUAGCAUUAAAGUCCCCAAGAAGUUUUUAUUGCUGUACAGUUUUGAACCAAAUGAGUCUCAUUUCCAAAAGAUUCCUAAUUCUAUAUAGGAGAGGUUGCAAAUGUCCGUGCCUCAGAAGGACCAGGCAAGUUCUGUAAAUGAUUGAUAUGGAUAAGGCAAAGAGGAACACAAGAAUGGUGGAGACCAGGUUGAACUGCAGAACACAUGCCCUCUUUGAAGGGGUGCCCACACUCAGCUCUAGACAAUCAGAACCAUGCAGAAAUCAGGCCCAGGGCUGCUAGAUCUUCUGACGUGGAAGUAUGAUAUUACCUGACACGUAAGUGUUGACAACUAACUCAAACUCUUGGCCAACACUGUGCAGACCAAAGAGAAGCUAUACACAGACAGGUGCAGCCUGCAGCCCCCAGUUUCAACUAUUGGGAAAAGUGGAUUUCACAUUCCACAGUUGUCAGGUCAGGUUCAUCCAUCAGCCCCACAAACUCGCAUGUCGGCACUAUCUGGGCAACUAAAAUAAAAGAGGGGAAAGAGAUCAUUUCUCCCCAGAUAUCAUUCUCAUGGCAGACUUGAAUAUAGAUACGCUGAGUUAUCCAGCUCUCUCACUCUGCCUCCUUUUGGCAUGCCCAGGCUGUGCCCCGUAAAGUGUUGAAUCACUGUUAUCCUAAUUUUCUUAGUGUUUUCUACCGUGGCCACUGUGAUGAGGGGCUGGCAAAGAGCAGCCUCGUGCCUUCCGAGAAGGCUGCCAGGAGCCUCUGAAGCUUGAAGCGAGCACACAUUGCCUCCUUGUGCCAAAGCCCUUGGCCAGCCUCCCCACACUCCUUCCCUCUCCAUCCGGCCUCAUGAGUCUUCGUUACCAAGUAAAAUUACCACUGCUUCACCUCUGAUACAGCAGAAGCCUUGCUUCAGAACUGGUAGGCAUUUAGGUUAUUUCAGAGUGUCCACUAACCUCAAAAGGAGGUUUUUCCACAUACAAAACCCUAGCAUCUUUGAGGGGAAAGCAAAAUGAGAAUAAAUUAUGUCAUGAAAAAAAUUAGAAGUUGCUUCCUUCAUUUAGAGGGACUAAGUUAUUUUAAACUCUAUCUUACAUCAGAGUCCUGAUGGUGUUGGGAUAGUCACUGACCCUUUCAACGUAUGUAAUAAGAUACGUCUCGUUCACACACACUAUUUCAUUUGAUCUUUGUAAGAACCCAGUGUAGAAUAGGAAUAUUUAAAAUCAACAUUACCCACCUCCAAGGCCAACCCAGAGUAGUCUUGAACCUGAGUCAGCCUCAGUAUUGCUUGCAAGGAAGAGGGAAGGGGCUCAUUAAAGGCCUGGCUCAAACCUUAGUCUUCCAGACUGACUAGGGACGUAAGAAGACCCAGGGACCCACCAUGUUCUCAAACCAUCUUUUCAGUCCAGGCCUUUCAGCAUAGACAUAAAGAGCCCACCCGUUACUCAGUCAUGUUGCCAAGUGCAAACUGAUUUAUCCCCAGAUGAAUCCCUUUACUGUAGCAGAUCCCUAAUCCCUAAAUUUCAGCCAAUUUGGUAGUUAAUUAUAGGAGCUUAUUAGCUAAAUGUAUGUUCUGAGUAAAAGUUUUGACUCUUUGGGGAAAAUUUAUUUUGCUGCUAGCAUACAACAUUUGCUAUGUAUAUAAACUUAAGUCAAUGCCAGAAAUUUUAAAACCAGCUCAAAUUUAUAAUCUGUAAUGAUCAAAUCAAAACAUACUGUAAACUCAGAGUUGGAAACGCCUGGUAAUAUGGUUAAGUCAUGUUUAAAUAUGAAUGCAAUUUAAAUGACAUUGGCAAUGCCUGAGAUUUCUUUCAUCGUGAAUGAUUAAAAGGCAGUCCAAUAUAUGAAUGGAUUUCAUCUUACCUUUCUCCCGUUAAUUUACUAGGUGUAACAUCUUGAGUUUAGAGUAAAGUGAUUCACAGGCAGUUGGGUUGUGGAGCUAGAAGGAGCCUCAAAAAAAACUUUUUGGCCAGACUCCUACAUCAUGAACAGGGUUUUUGAUGAAUAAUAUUUAUUAUUAUGUUUCUAAAGUAAUACAGUGUUGGAGAAUGAAACAGUUUAGUCCUUUCCUCUUCUGAUGGAAAAGAAUCAUAGCGCCGUUGCCAUGACAAUAACAGGAUGUAGAAAGACCCAUGAAGAAAGAAAGAAGAAAGCUAUGGUUCCGAAAGCAGGUAACCACAGAUUUUGAAAGAAGGCAGAGAUGGUGAUUAAACUGUAGUCCUUGUUUUUUAAAAUGUUCUUUCAUGUUAGGCACCACCACAUAGUUAAUAACUACCAACUUCUAAAGAGAAGAUCCCCUUGAUUUAUUUAUAUCAUGAAAAUACUAAAAAUCAGUUCUCAAGUCUAAUUAACUAUUACAUUAUCUUGCUAGGUCCUUUUCCCUAAAUUUUUAAUUCAGAAAAUUAACCAGAGUUGGCCAGAUGCAGUGGUUCACGCCUAUAAUCCCAGCACUUUGGGAGUCCAAGGCAGAUGGAUCACUUGAGGUCAGUAGUUCAAGACCAGCCUGGCCAACAGAGGAAGAAAGAGUGAAAACAAAAGAAGAAAGAGGGAAACCCUCUCUUUACUAAAAAUACAAAAAUUAGUCGGGCGUGGUGGCGCACACCUGUAAUUCCAGCUACUUGAGAGGCUGAGGCAGGAGAAUCCCUUGAAACUGCAGGCAGAGGUUGCAGUGAGCCAAGAUUUCACUGCUGCACCUGGGGUGAGACUACCAUUAAGGAAGGAAAUUUCCUUUAAACAGAAAAAAACAAAGGUGCUCAUCUAUUUCUUCUGAAUUCUCUCUACAUCCUUGACUUAAGAGGAAAACCAGCACUCAAGAAACAGCUUUAAAAGAGAACAGUCCCCAUUCUAGCUACCAGUCUUGCUUUCCCCCAUCUUGGCAAGCCCCAGUGAAUUUGCCAUUGAAAGAUUACCCUCCCCUUUGCCCUCAUCUGCCUGAGCUAGAGGCCAGGCUGUUGUUAAUGUUUUUUCAGUUCCAAAGCCCCUGAUGGGACAUUCUUGUUUCUGUGCUACUGCUUUCUCUCUCUUAAAUUAAGGUGCAAGGGGAUAAAUAUUACUAUGACUGGGAUGUAAGGCUCAGUCAGUGUGGCUAUUCCCUCCCUUCGGGGGAAAUAUUCCAUCUGUCUGAACGGUUUUAGGUGAUCAUGAGGAGAGCGGCUCAGUCACACAGCCAGCCACGCUCAUCACAAAAGAUUUGUUCAGACUCACUGUAAAGAAUGACAAGGCAGAUAGCUAAUCCUUUCACUGUGCCUCAAAGCCCGCCGUGCAAGUCACCAACCCUACCGGUCCUUUCCACGUGCGAGGCUAAUAGAGUGAUCAGAACCAGGAAUGUGAGCUGGGUUCCACCUUAGGAGGGGACAAUGAGGACAGAGCAAGAGGGCUCCAUGUUUAAUUACUCCAGGCUCUGACUUCUGCCCACAAUUACAGAGCAUGAAAGCAGAAUUGGCCUUUAGUAAGUGAAAAGGAAGUGGCUCCUGCAGCAUAUAAUUGUUAUAAUUUCGUAUUUAUGGAAAGAGAAAAGGACUUCAGUCCACUCAUGUUGUUAAGCACUUGUCCCUCACUCCACUGGAGCCCCCUUCCUAUGUUUUGGGCACAGAUGGCUGGGACCGAGAGGAAAGAGGAAGAGCGUCUGCCAGAGUGUGAAUAUACCCCUCAGGGAUAUACAGCGGAGUUUCAUGAUAAACUACCCAUACUUUCCCAAAAAAGGUUGAGGAGCAAUGCAUAACUUUGCAGAUUACAAACCCUUGUUUUACUUUUUAAACCUUUUUUCCAUACUCUGCUUAUUGGAAAUCGAUGGCUGUGAUGUGACCAACACCUGUGAUGAUAGCAAAGCCCCUCCUUUCACAGUCUCCUGACUGUUCGGGGAGCCUCCUUGGUCAUUGGUAGAAAGCUUUAGAAAAGACUUAGCUUUUUAGGGAAGAACUAAAAAAUCCCCAAAACAUACUAGUCCCAUGACUUCAAUAACUGAAAAUGUCCUGGGUGUAAACUAACCCAGGAAUGUGGAUCAUACAUGUUUUUUUAAAAAAAAUCCCUGAAUCAAUAUUUUCCUACAACACACCCUAAAAUUCCUAUUUUUGUAAUUAAUGGUUGGACAGUGAUCAGCCAUUUAAACAUAGGCUUUCUGGAAUAACCAGACACUAGAAUAGUUUCCAAAGUGUUUUGCGUAUCAAAAUCCUAUAUACUUAGAAGAAGAACUCAGGAUAAGAAAAAAUCGCUAGGUCCCAAAGGGUUCAUGACUAUCAUCAGAUGCAACUGCGAGUGGCCUACGGUCAUUUUUUCAAAUGAGAAGACUGGAGAGAGAGAACAACAGUAAUCACAAAACCUCUGUUGCCCUUAGUCCAUGACAAUGUUUAAGGAAACUUUAAAAAAUUAAGCCAUCUUCUGAAUUGUUUUCUACACCAAAUCUAAAAUAUUAAAAUGAAAUUAUUAAAUAUUUUAAAAUGGGGUAUUUAGUGGAAAUGCAAUCAGUAGAAAACAUUGCUUUUUAGUGCCUGCUAAACAAGUAAAGGAGAAAGAAUGAAGAGAAAACAGCAGUCCUUCCUGUGUGACACUCGUGUGGAAAUGACAGGCAUUCACAUGUCAUUGAGUGCUAACUCAAAAGCUAGGUGGCAAUGCUGUCCAAUGUUUAGAGAUCUUUUGAAGUAUAAUUUUACCACCAUUCAGAGGUAAGUACUUGCUUAACAGAAGUCUUUAAUGUUAGUGAAUGAAUGUAUAAAAUUAUAAACUAUGCAUUUUCAAAGAGUAGCAUGUAUUUUGUAUCGAAUCCAAGUAAAUUUUUUUCAUAGCUACCUACCACAACUGCAAAUUAUUCAAAAUAAACUUGGAUACAUAUCCUUAUGGGGAUAUGGGAAGCCCAUCUAUAUUCUCCUACUUGAUGUUUUUAAAGAUUGAAACUUUAUUCUGAAACAUCAGGCUCUAAAAAAUUCCAUCAUUAAGAUGAAUAAAUGGGAAAUGGUUUAUUUGUUACUUCGUAAGCAUAAAUGGGAAAUGUUGGCUGUUAGAAAAUGUGCCCAGUUCCUUAAAGGUGGAUGUUCUAGUAACACUGGAUUAACAAGCAAACAAAACUGCAUGAAGUGAACGAAUAUUUCAUUGGAUAAAGUUAGCAUAGGUUUUAUCUGCUGGGUUUAAUUCUCAAUCCCAGAAAAAAAUAUUAUUCAAGGGGUAUCAGUUAUAGUUUCAAAGAACAAAAUAUGAAAAUAUUGUCCAGCAAAGCAAAUCAUCUUUUUUCAAAAUUACUUAUAUUUUGGAAAGUCUAUAUAGAAUAUCCACAAAUAAUUUCUUCAGCCCUCUUGUUGAUUUCAUAUUUUCAUGAAACUUUUUCCCCUAAUAAUUUGUCUUCGCUCUUUAAUCAGUGCUUUACUACAUUACUCAGCCUGAAAAAAUAUCUUUUCCUUCAUCUGACAAUGUGGAAAUAAAGAACUCCAUUUCUGUCAUUCUGGUUCUCUUCAGUGUCCAUUGAGAAAGUUUCUCAACUGUUUGUAAAAUACGGGGGGAAAAAAAAACACGCAUUUCUAAACCUGGUACUUAAGGUUAUACUGGAUUGUUUGCUACCUAAUUAGAAGUUAUUGGGGAAGGGGCAUUGUGUCUUUUUAUAUGAUUUUUAGCCAAAUCCAGAUGUUCUGAUACACAUUUCUGAAUACCUAUCUGACUGUAAAUACAGCCUGUGGAGGUUCAGGUUGAUAAACCUUUCACCUGAGUGCUCCGCAGCCAUGCUCCUUGCCAGCUUCUGGCACAUUGUACAUAGAUUUGUUGAAUGUUUAAAUGAUGUUGUUUUUCUAAAUGCUGUUGUCUAAAACAAUUUUUUGAAUUUCUUUUGCUUUCCAUUGUUUUGGACUUUGUGUAUUCGUUUUUAAAAAAAAAAAAAUGUUUCCUAAAUAUUUAACACCAGGAAAAAUAUUUUUAAAUAAACUGGUGCUAAUUGAAACAGAAGGAAAUUUUCAGAUCGAAGAUGUACAAUGUUAAAUGUUCAUACCAGUUAAACUGCACUUUCCCAAGGGGACAGCUGGCAUCUACUUGAAAUGGGCAUCAAGAGACCACCAAAUGUUUACAGUUUCUGUGGCCCGUUUAAGUGUAAAAUGCAGAAGUGGCUCUGUCCCCCCAGAGUUAAGGAUUUGCUACACUGGUCCUCUGGAAGCAUUUAAGUAGAAGAAAAGGCUUAUAGUCAGAAUCACUUUAGUAAUCGUCUUCUGGUCCUUGGACUUUUCUGUUCUGUAAUGCUUGUAACAAUGAAUAUGGUGUUGCCAAUCUAGUCUGAUAUCAUUGUUGACCUGUACUUACUUUGUGGAUGGUUCUACCUGGGGUUGCACUGGCACAAACAGAGCCAGAACACUGGACUUUCAAAAGACCAUUUUGACUUCUACAGUGUCCACACACAUGAAUUUAAAUGCACUUGUAACUGGUUAAUUACCAUGAAGUAAGUCUAACUUCCACUUAAUAAAAGUUUUUGUGUAUCUGCUUCUA